AUGCGCGCCUCUUCGGUUGCCAAUGGCAUUCGCGGCAUCUUCCCGCUCAUCCGCAACCUCGCCCCACAGGCCAUCUCUCCCCCCUUUGCGCUCCCGGCGCUUCGAGGACUGCGUCUCGCCAUCGAUGCGACGCUGCUCGUGCAACGGCUCCAUUUUGCCGACGACCCGCACGCGUCUCGCCAUGUCAUUGGCUUCUACAGGCUCAUCACGUCGUUGCGCCAGCACGGCGUGAUCCCCAUCAUGGUCUUUGACCACCCGCAGAAAAGGCUGGCUCUCAAGGACCGCGAACAGGUCAAGCGCAGACACAAGCGCGAGCUCGAUCGCAUACGCAGCCGACUCGAGCAUCAGCGACGCGGCCGUCUGCUCGAGCUUCAAGCACACCUCGAUGCACUUUCCGAUUUGCAAGAAUCGGAACGUCGACUGGUGGGGGAGCUGCUGGCCCAGUGGCGAACACAAUCAGAACAAGCAGUGUCGGAUGACACAGCUGCUCCUACAACGCCGAAAUUCUCCUUACCGCCGUCACCGCCUCCACUUUCGACGACACCUUCGAGACCCGAAAGAGUAGCCCACAGCAUGCACGUCAACUGGCUGCAGCUCGAGGAGAGUUUGCGUAGCGGCGGCUCGAGUCAGUCCAAGGGCCAAAAAGCGCUGGCCGAAGCCGAGAAGCAGAUCUAUCAGACUAUUGCCACCCGGCUCAUGUCCGGCGAGGCACCACCCCCACCGCUUUCCUUGACAACAGAAUCCGGCGACAUGCUGAUCGACGCACCAUCCGACGCCGCAGCACCGCACCCACUGUCCUCGCUCAACGCGAUGCAUUACUCGCUCACAAAGACGUACGACCGUGCCACCACACCUCUGUCUGCGUCUAUCUACCAGGACUGUGCGACGCUCAGCUCGCUCAUGGCCGUGCCCGUGUUUUGGACGGGCGACGGCACGCGCACAGGUGGCGGCAGAAUCCACGAGGCAGAAGCGUAUGCUGCCUCGCUCGUGCGCUCGGGAUUCGCCGACCUCGUGGCCAGCGAGGACAGCGAUGUGCUGCUGUACGAAGCUCCGCUUUUGCGCGGUCUCAUGGGAGGAGUGCGCAGUCCGGGUGUGUUGAGCCGCGAAGGAGCACGGGGAAAGCUUGAAGUGAUUUGCGGCACCCGUGCGCGCACUGGCUUAUUCCCGCCGGCGGAAAUCGAGAAGCUGGUUCAGGCCCAGGCUCAGGCUCAGAGUCAGACGACGAAUCAAGUAGCCAAGACGACAGAAGGCGACGCUGGCGACCUGUCCUACGACCGGGUGACCCGUUCACUCAUGCUCGACUUUGCACUGCUCUGCGGCACUGACUUCAACCGCACCAUUCCCGGAAUCGGACCCAAGACAGCGCUUCGACUGCUGAAAGAACACGGCAGCAUCUCGACCAUUUUGCGCAAAGAGUCGAAGAAGUUCAGCCCGCCCGAUGGGUUGUCGAUUCGCGAAUACGAGACAGAGCUCCGCCAUGCACGCACAGUGUUUUUGCAGCCGCCCAAAGUGAGGGCGGCGGCUCGGUCGAUAUUGGGCAGCGCGGCGUCUGAGGCGGCUGCGGCGGAUGUGGCCGCGCAGCAGUCGUUGGUGUCGGCGUCGGCGAGUAUCGACAGGGUUCUGUUUGGCGGUGAGGCGGUAUCUGAGAUGCAACCUGCUCUUGUGGAUGGCGUGGCGUCACCCGAUGGGACGGAAGGCGUCGAUUCGGCGGAGGUCAACACGUACUGCACUGCGGAGCCCGCCGUCGAGCUCGACGGUGACGUGUCCAUCAUCAACACCGAUGCCAUCUCGACCCCCGUCGACGCGGUGACAACCGGUACAACCACAGAGGCGAGAUAUGACCGCCAAGCAGUGCACGACUUUCUACGUUCACAUGGCGUCUUCCGGUCCUCUACCUCCGACACCCACCCGGACUCCGAAUGGGCGCGGGAACCGUUCGACAGCACACCGACGCGAGAGCAGGAAUGGCGCGACUUGCUCGAUCUCGAACUCGGCCUGACCACACCAGCGGGCUCUUCGGAGCUGUCCAGCGUUCUCGGAGAAGAGUCUGCCAGCGAUGACGGACAAGGCGAGGCGCAGGUGCUGGGUGGUGUUGCGACACUAGGUGCGGACUUCUUUGGAGAGCGCAAGGCCGUUGCUUGCUGGAACCCGCACAUGGAACAACACGUGAGACGGGAGACUACGGUUGCGAGACGGCAGCAGCCGACGUCGUAG